AUGGAGUCGAAGAGCGAAGUGGACCCGAAUGACCGGGAGAAUCGCAUCCAUGCGCGACGAGGACGGAUCGAGAUGCGGAACGCCAACAAAGAUGACGAGAACAAGAAGAAGAAAUCGUCGUCGUCGGAUACGAAGAAGAUGAGUCGCGGAGCGCAGCAGAUUGCAGACAGUCUGAACCAACUCGACAAGCGAAAGAUCACAGGGAUUCAAGAAGUCACGGACAUCCGCGUGCGGGCCGACGACACGGAGAACAACCGCCGUAUCAACGAAGAAGACCGCAAGCAAAAGCGCAUUGAAAAACUUCAACAGGAAGCUAUCACGAGCGGGUCGCGUAAUGCUGAGGUCGAGAUGCGGUGGGCGGAUUUGUACGACUACAACAUGCCGCAGGAGCUUUUCAAGCAACUGCAACUCCAGUCCGAAGCAUGCGGUGCCAUCUUGGCAUCCAAAGACGCGCUCAUCAAGGACUUUCAGACACAACUCAAGGCGAAAGACGAGGAGUACGUUGUCGCGCUGAAAGUGCAGGCAGACGACGUUGAAACCCUCGUGGACCGCAUGAGCCAGCAGUACCGUGAAAUGCAGGAAGAGUACGAGCUGGAGCUGGAGCAGAUCGAAGAUGCGUUCCUCAAGGAGCGCGAUGAGCUGAUUUCGACCAACAAGAGCGAGAUCGACUCGCUGUUUGAGAAGCGCCGGGAGAUGGAGAUGACGUUCAUGGAAGCCAAGCAAGCGCGUGAUGAACUGAGCCAAAAGGAGAUCGAAGACUUGCGGGUAAAGGAUGCUGAAGACUACAACAAACUCAAGAUCAAGCUCGAGACAGAUAUUCAAACGCUCGAGCAACAACUCGAAGAGAUGCGGGCCACGUACCAACUCAACACGGAGAAGCUCGAGUACAAUUACCGCGUUCUGACCGAGCGCGACAUGGAGAACUCGGCGACCCUGAACCAGCAAAAGCGCAAGCUGAGUCGACUCAAGGACGCCCUCAGCGGCCUGAUUCAAAAGUACACGCAGACGGAUGCACAGCAGCGACACCAAAACACAGAACUGACGGAGGACUACCGCCGCAUCACCAAGCAAUACAAAGACCUGCAAAAGAAGUUCCAGCAUUUCGAGGACCACGACGGACUCAAGUACAGCCAGGUGUGGGAAAUGCACCGCGCCGAUGCGAUGGACCAGAUCGAGAAGGUCCUACAAGCAGACAAGAUCAUUCACGAGCAGCAGCUCGGGCUCGUGUGGGUACGUCCAUUUGCAUCGCAGCACCCCGACCUCUCAAGACCCGCGCAGGUCCCUCCACAAUGUGAUCUUCGCUACGUGGACGCCGGCGACCACAAGGCUGCAAGGUCGUCGGUAGAGGACGGAUCGACGAAUUCCACCACAGACGACAGCGGCGGGCCAUCGAGUGAUGGCGACAACAGUCGCAAGGUCUCGUCUUCGAAACUCAAGUGCAUGCUCAAGAUGCUCGCGUCCGAGGCAGGCUUUCUCGUGCACACAAACGUCCUGCAGGCGAUCGACACGAUGGACGAGGACGAAGCAGAGCUCGUGCGGGCCGAUUCGAUCCUUCGCUCGCUUGGGGUUGAGAGCGAAGGCGAUAUGGAGCGACUUCUCGGGUAUUUCUUUCAUGACACCGCCGCUGCUGACGACGAAGUCGCGGCUGGCGACGAGCGGCCGCUGGGGCUCAAAGUUCAGGCAGAUCAAGUGAUCCAGACCAUCAAGUUCUUCGUCGACGAGCUAAACAAAGAGAAAAAAGCACAAGGUAGUCGACCCCGCCGCGCGGCGAAGGAAAAGAUCAAGCUAGUGGACGACAUGCAAGGCGAAUCGCGGAAAGAAGACAAGCUUUUUUGGCCGCGCGCCCAGCGAAUUCUCCCUGACGCGACUCAACGGGUUUGGCUGGCCCUUGAGAAGGGGCUGACCGAGUACAACAUGGUCCUCAAGCAGCGCAAGUCCCUCAUCGACUCGGUUUCAGCGCUGCAGGUGCAGAACAGUGAAUUGAAGGCGCUCCUGCGGCAGUAUCUGGGGUCGUCCGUCAACGAUGAGCUCCUCAUUCCGCCCACGCAGAUGAUCCGUGUGCAGGAACCUCGGCAUGGAGGGAUGUAA